AUGCUUUAUCGUUUUGUAUUAUUCUUUUUCUUGUCCCUGCUGCUGCUGCUGCUGCUGCUGCUGCUGCUGCUGCAGGUGCUGCAGGUGGAUGCAGUGUUUCAGAAUGUUGCAAAGGGAGAGCUCGCGCGCAAAGCAGAGCUCCAGCGAUACUUCGGCACAGACGACCAACACGCAUGCAUCCUCAGAAUACUAGAAAAAGGUGACUUACAAGUAUCAGAGUUAGAGCGUCGGCAGCAGCUGCGGCAGCUGUAUGAUGAUGUGGUGACCCUGGUGGUGGAGUUGGUGUAUUCAGCAGCAACGUUGCUGCCUCUAUCUCGUGCUGCUGUUGCUGCUCUGCUGCGGCAGCUGGGUUUCUCUGUGCGGCUGCGGCUGCAUGCAAAGGCCCAGGCUCUGCAUGCGGCGCUGCUGCUGCAGCAGCAGUAUCCUCAGCUUAUACGAAGAAGACUUAUAAAAAUCUCUCUUAUGUUACCGCUGCCGCAACCCACGCAGCAAGCUCCUGCUGCUGCUGCUGCUGCUGCUGCUGCUGCUGCUGCUGCUGCUGCUGCUAUGCUGCACUACAUACUCAGAGACUGUGCUGGCUACAUAGAGUCCCAAGAACCUACAGUAGACGCGCUGCUGCAGCAGCAGCAGCAGCAGCAGCAGCAGCCGCGCCACCAUCACCAUCAUCAACAGCAGCAGCAGCAAGAAGAAGAAGCAGCAGCAGCAGCAGCAGCAGCAGCAGCAGCAGAGCCUAUUCAGUGGCGUGUUGUUUUCUUAGCCUCGCCUGCGGUGUAUAGGGAGCUCGAGGAGAAGGUUGUUGCUGCUGGUGGUUCUGUUUCUGUUGCUUCUUGGAGCUGUUUAUAUGAUCCGCAGCAGGACGAGCAGCUGCUGCAGCAGCAGCGGGAGCAGCAGCAAGAGCAGCAGAGGAUGCUGCAGCAGCUGCAGCAGCAAGAAGAAGCAGCAAAAGAAGAAAGAGAAAGAGAAGGUAAAGAAAAACAAAAACAAAAAGAAAGACAGCAGCAAAAGAGAAUGCUGCGGCGGUUCAGGCAGCAGCAGCAAGAAGACGAAGAACAAAGACAAGAGGAGGAGAGAAUAAGUAACGAAAUGAAGCAGCAGCAGCAGCAGCAGCAGCAGCAGCUGCUGCUGCAGCAGCACCGUCUUAUGCUGCAGCAGCAUAUAUUAGAGGAGGAAUUCAUUGAGCGGCAACGGGUGCAGCAGCAGCUGCAGCAGCUGUAUAAAAGAGAAGCAGAAGAGGAGAGAAGAUACCAGGAGCAGCAGCAGCAGCGGCUGCUGCUGCAGCAGCAGCAGCAGCAGCAGCAGCACCAGCGACAGCUUGAGUUAAUGGAGGAACAAAACAUGCAGCGAGAGGACCCAAAUAGAUGUCUUCAUUUUGUGCUUGUAGAUCAGCAGCAGCAGCUGCUGCAGCAGCUGCUGAAGCUGCAGCAGCAGCAGCAGCUGCAGCUGCAGCUGCAUGACGACACAGGCCAGGAGCUGCUGCGUCGGUUUGGCUUAGAUAAAUUAAUGUUGGACCCCAGCAGACAUCCAUCUGCAGCAACGUGCUGCAGCUGCUGCAGCAGCAGCAGCAGCAGGAGGAGGAGCAGCAGCAAACACAGAAGCAGAAGCAGCAGCAAAAGCAACAGCAACAGCAACAGCAGCAGCAGCAGCAGCAGCAGCAGCAGCAGCAGCAGAAGCAGCAGCAAAGAACCUUCGGUCUGCUGCUGCUGCGCUGAAUGGGAUAAUGAGGAAUGGGGAGACACACAAACGAGAGCCCAAAGAAAGGGGAGAGGAGGCAGAAGACAGAGACAGCAGCAGCAGCAGCAGCAGCAGCAGCAGCAGCAGCAGCAGCAGCGGAAGGUUUACCCUCGCAACCCCUGUCCCCUGCAUGCAUCUGCAUGCGUUCAUCAGCCAGCUGCAGCCAGUGAAGAAGCAGCAGCAGACAGCAGCAAACACAAACACCACAGGAGGAGACAGCAGCACCAGCAGCAGCAGCAGCAGCAGCAGCAGCAGCAGCAGCACAAGAGACAAGACAAUGAAGUGCAGCAGCAUCAGCAGCAGCAACCACACCAUAGACGGCAUCAGAAAAAACUACAUAAACAACAGCAGAAACAGCAACAGCAGCAGCAACGCCUGCAGCAGCAGCAGCAGCAGCAGCAGCAGCCGCAGCAGCAGCAGCAGCAGCAGCAGGAAUUCGACGACAGUUUAACGCGCGAUGCUUUCAGCCUUCUCUGCAGGGAUAUGCCGCCACCACUGCAGCAGCAGCAGCAGCAGCAGCAGCAGCAGCAGCAGCAGGAGUCCGAGCCAUCAGCUGGUUCUUGUGCUAGGCCGGAGCAGCAGCAGCAGCAGCAGCAGCAGAAGCAGCAGGAGCAGCAGGAGGAGCAGCAGCAGCACCGGGUUCGUUGCCGCUGCUGCAACGAAGGUAUGAAGGAUGCAGCUGAGCUGCGUAUACACUGCAAGAGCAGCAGACAUGCAUGCAACCUGCGUAGACACCUGAGCGGGCUGCCGCCGCUAACAGCAGCAGAAUGGGAGGAAGCAAAGCUAGACCAGCAGCACCUCAUCAGCAGCAGCAGCAGCAAAGAAGUCAGGGGGUUCUAA